UUCUAGCCAAUCAGAGAAUGGGAGGCGCUAAACGAUUAUCCAAUUCUAGAGUAGGAGACGGGAUUUGUCGGAAUACAAGUGGGGGACAAAUAACGCGUUUGGCACCGUGCAAAUUCACGAAGAUUCCCCCAAAACUAUGGAGCCAUUGGCCAGGAAGAUUAUUAAAGGAGCGUUCCUUCUGAACGUGCUUAGCGUGUUUGUGGCUUACGGGCUCUAUUACAGAAUGAACACGAGCCGAGAUUUCAGAUGCACGAUGAACAAACACUUUCCCUCGAUUCUGGAAGAUGCCCCCCAAAACUAUGGAGCCAUUGGCCAGGAAGAUUUUUAAAGGAGUUCUCUUUCUGGAGGUGCUUGGCGUGUCUGCGGCUUACGGGCUCUAUUACAGAAUGAACACGAGCCGAGAUUUCAGAUGCACGAUGAACAAACACUUUCCCUCGAUUCUGGAAGUUUAUUACAAGUCCAACGAAUGGGCCGGAAACUACGGCAUCCGGGAAGCCGAUCAGAGCGUGUGGUCUACAGGGCAGGAACGGAAAGACAGCUAGACAGACAGAAACACUCCGGAGGACGAAAGCCAUCACUUCUUCCUGCCUGCAGUCUUUUUGCCUGGUUUGCCUUUCCCAAACUGUUUCCUCUUGUUAAACAUGGCCUUCUUCCUCCUGAGCGUCUUGACAUCACGUCCCCUGAGCCAAUCAUCACGCUGGACCUCCCAUUUCAGCUGUUUGACACCUGAAGAUGAGGAGCAAAAACAGACUGCAUGAGGAGAUUUUUUUCCACAACGUAUGAACAAAUAUUGUGUUAAAUGAUCGCCGUCAAUGAUUAUAAAGUUUGUGGCUUCACCCUUGUGAAGGGAUCUGGCUGGCAUCUAGCCAAAAGUCAUUUAAAACAUUUAAUAAUUAUUCAUUAAAGUCAUUUUCAAUCUA